AUAUUGUGCCCGUAUCAUGUCAUUCGAAGUAAUCAACUCAGUCGCCAAUAUACAGCGCGCUGAGUCGCACGCGUCCAGUGUUGUGUUGUGUAUUAUGUUUUAAAUUAUUUGGAGUCAUGUCAAAACUCAAGACGAUGUUGAAAAUCGGCGGCGGAGCUGUGCUGAUCGCGGCAAUAGUGGCUGUGUUUGUGGUGGCCACACAAGGGAGAGACCCGGACCUGGAAGCUUCAGAGCAUGAAGGAAGAGAAUAUAUCUUACAGUUGGACAAGGCUUCUGGGGGGAGGAGGAAUAGAGCCACCAUAGCUGAGUGGGCUUACACGUCUAAUAUUACUAAGGAAAAUGAAGAACAGAAGAUACAAACCCAACUAGAGAUCUCAAAGCUAGAGAAGUUAGCAUGGGAAGAAACGAAGAUGUACAAAUGGCAAGACUUCCAAGAUGUGACAUUGAGGAGAAUGUUCAAGAAAUACAGUCAGCUAGGAGUUGCAGCGUUGCCUGACGAUAAAUACAAGAUGCUGAUGAAGUCCGUUUCUGAUAUGGAGUCAAACUAUGCGACGUCGAAGAUUUGCGCGUACAAGGAUGCGACUAAGUGUGAUUUGUCGUUGGAACCUGACAUAACAGAAAUCUUCGCAAAGAGCCAGAACGUGUCAGAAUUGGAACACACCUGGGUGGAGUGGCACAAGGCGGCCGGCGCCCGCGCAAAGGAUAACUUCACUCAAUACGUGAGACUGAGCAAUGAUGCUGCUAAACUCAAUGGUUACACUGACGUAGCGGAAUGGUGGCAGUCCGACUACGAAGUGAACGACUUCGAAGUCCAGCUGGAGAAGCUGUGGAACGACGUGAAGCCCCUCUACCAGCAGCUGCACGCGUACGUCAGAAAGCAGUUGAGGGACAAGUAUGGGCCUGAGGUGGUGUCCGCUAGGGGACCUAUUCCUGCACAUUUGUUGGGUAAUAUGUGGGCUCAAACCUGGAGCAACAUAGAAUCAUUCACACGCCCAUACCCAGACAAGAAAGAAAUAGACAUCACACAAGCAAUGAAGGAUCAGAACUAUACAGCACUCAAAAUGUUCCAAAUGUCAGACAGUUUCUUCAGGUCUUUGAAACUUACCCCAAUGCCUGAGAAAUUCUGGAAGAAUUCUAUAAUAGAGAAGCCUACUGAUAGGAAUAUCGUUUGCCAUGCUUCUGCUUGGGACUUUUAUGACGGUGAAGAUUUCAGGAUCAAGCAGUGCACAACAGUAGAUUAUGAAUAUUUCCAAACAACACACCACGAAAUGGGUCACAUUCAGUACUUUCUUCAAUACAAACAUCAACCGGUCGUAUUUCGUGACGGAGCUAACCCAGGUUUCCACGAAGCUGUGGGCGACACGAUAGCCCUGUCGGUGUCUUCACCGAAACAUUUGCGAAGCGUCGGACUUCUCAACAAGAAUGACACAGAAGACGAACAAACUGAGAUCAAUCAGCUUUAUAAAAUGAGCAUAGACAAAGUAGUCUUUCUACCCUUCGCGUACACCCUUGACCUGUUCCGCUACGGUGUCUUCCGCGGAACCACCACCCCUGAGAAUUAUAAUUGCCACUAUUGGAGGUUGAGAGAGAGGUUACAAGGUGUGGAACCUCCGGUCACCAGAACUGAGGAGGACUUUGAUGCAGCUGCCAAGUAUCAUGUGUCUGCGGAUGUGGAGUAUGCCAGGUAUUUCGUGUCCUUCAUCAUUCAGUUCCAAUUUCACCGAGCGCUGUGUGAGCUAGCAGGAGAAUACUCAGCCACGAAGAAACUAGUAGACUGCGAUAUUGUAGACAGCGUCGCUGCUGGAAAUGCACUAUCGAACAUGCUCAAAAUGGGUUCAUCGCACCCAUGGCCCGACGCGAUGGAGGCGCUCACGGGCCAGAGAGAGAUGAAGGCCGACGGUCUGCUGGAGUACUUCAAGCCUCUCCACGAGUGGCUGCAGAAGGAAAAUGAGAGGACCGGAGAGUACGUCGGAUGGGAGCCUAGCAAGAUUCAAUACUGCACUGCAGAGCAACAGGCAGCGCUCCAGUCAGAGCAGAAGGAGGAACACAGGUUGACGAUGGGACCAGCGAGUACUGUUCUUGGAGACCUCGACUGGGAAGCCGAAGAGACGGAAAACCACGUGCCAGAUGUUCGGACGACAGAAAGACGGCAGAGCCGACCUGGCAUAGAGCAUUCAGAACAACAUGGGACCCCGAAAUCACGAAAAAAAUUGUAUGUUUCAUACCUUUCGGCUGGUCUGCAAAAUAUCUUUCGAAUGAUCAAAUUUUCUUUCUAGAUGAUCCUCAAAAUAGUAGGCGAGCUGGCCCUAGUCGGAGCUAUAGCCUCCGUAUUCAUAGUAGCAGCUCAAGGUCGGGCUGCAGAAAGGGCAGCAGAAGAAGCGGCAGGCAGGGACUACAUGAGGAGACUGGAUGAAAUUACUUCCAAGUUGAAGAAUAGAUUGACGAUUGCCAAUUGGAAUUAUGAGAGUAAUAUUACGGAUAAGAAUGAAGAACGCAUGUUAAAAGUAGCACUAGAUGUUGCUGAAGAAGAAAAAGAAAACUGGAAAGAAACAAUGACGUACUUAUGGAAAGAAUUUGAAGACGAAGAUUUGCAGAGAAUGUUCACAAAAUACACGAAACUGGGCACAUCAGCUUUGCCAGAAGACUUGAAUCAGAGGUUGUUAGAAGCGAUCACCAACAUGCAGUCGACGUAUGCAAAGGCUACGAUUUGUGACUAUAAGAUUAGGACGAAGUGUGAUCUUCAUGUAGAGCCAGAUGUCACGAAUAUCUUCGCAAACAGUGACGACCCUGAGGAGUUGAAGUACGCGUGGGUGGAGUGGCAUAAGGCUGCGGGAAGACCAUCCAAAGGGAACUUUACCGAAUAUGUGCAGAUGGACAACGAGGCUGCUCAUCUUAAUGGAUUCGACAGCGUUGCCGAGUGGUGGCUCAGCGAAUACGAAUCUUCUGACAGUGAGGAACAGUUCGCCACACUCUGGAACCAAAUCAAACCUCUAUACCAGCAGAUCCACGCGUACGUGAGAGGCAAGCUGCGAGCCAAGUAUGGCAAGAAUGUGGUGUCGACUAGAGGGCCUAUUCCAGCUCAUUUGUUAGGUAACAUUUGGGCACAGACCUGGACUAACAUUGAAAAAUACGCCAAACCCUACCCCAAUAAACCUGACGUAGAUGUAACAGCUGCAUUGAUCGAACAAAACUACACUCCAUUAAAGAUCUUCAAGACUGCCGAAGAGUUCUUCACGUCUCUCAAUCUGAAGGGCUUACCAGAUCUGUUCUGGGAUAAGUCGAUAAUUGUGAAGCCAGACGAUGGUCGAGACAUGGUGUGCCAUGCUUCGGCUUGGGACUUUUUCGAUGGCGAGGAUUUCAGAAUUAAACAGUGCACUGAAGUGACAAAUGCGUUCUUCAAGACUACUCACCAUGAGCUAGGGCACAUACAGUAUUACUUGCAAUACAAAGACUUGCCGGUGGUAUACAGACAAGGAGCUAAUCCAGGAUUCCAUGAAGCGAUCGGUGACGUCAUUGCCUUGUCUGUGUCGACUCCGAAGCAUCUUCGAGUUGUAGGUCUGCUGAAGGAUGAGACGGAUGAUGAGGAAUCUGAGAUUAAUCAGUUAUUCAAAAUGGGACUUGACAAAAUAGUCUUCCUUCCCUUCGGCUACCUCCUAGACUUGUUCCGCUACGCCGUCUUCCGAGGUUUAACUGCUCAAAGAGACUACAACUGUCACUUCUGGCAGUUAAGAGAGGCGCUGCAGGGAGUGGAGCCUCCAGUUACUAGGACUGAAGAUGACUUCGAUCCGGCUGCGAAGUACCAUAUUACUGCUGAUGUUGAAUACAUGAGAUACUACAUCUCGUACAUAAUCCAGUUCCAAUUCCACCGAUCGCUCUGUCAGCUCGCCGGCCAAUAUGUGCCUGGUGACUCUAACAAGUUUCUGUCCAAGUGCGAUAUCUAUAAUAGCACGACAGCUGGUGAGGCUUUGGGUAAAAUGCUACAAAUGGGUUCCUCCCGCCCCUGGCCAGACGCCAUGGAAGUCCUCACAGGCCAACGAAACAUGGACGCCAGCGGACUCAUGGAAUACUUCCAGCCGCUGUACGAAUGGCUGAAAAAGGAGAAUGAACGCACCGGGGAGUUCAUAGGAUGGGAAGCCAGUUCUGUCCAAUACUGCACACAAGAACAAUUGAUGGCGAUGGAAGACUCGGACUUCGGAAAGAAAUUGGAUACUCUCGUCAAAAAACAAGUGGAUAAAUAAGUAAGUUUAUAGACACAGGC